CUAUCUGGUACAGGUAGGUACCUAUGUAUACCUAUAUGAAGUACCUUGGGUACCUACCUAGGUAGGUACGGUAUCUUAGGUACCCAUGCAACGGGAACAAAUGGAGGGGCACUUGGGUCCAGUAUCUUUUUGCCAGCUGCAAAAAUCUAAGUCCCCUCCGCAAACUGCAAGGCUCGACACAGAUAUUUGUCUCACUGCGACCCUUCCGAGCUUCGGUUGGGCGGAAUCCCUCAAGCUGUCGCUUUUUCGCGUCUUCCGUCCUCUUUCACGAGGCAUCUCUUUCCGAGCCCUCACCAUGGCUUCUCUAGAGUCUCAGAAGCUCUCGCGCACCGAGGAGACCGAGGUUCAACAAUGGAUCGCCACGUCAGAGCAGCUCAAGAGCUCGCCUUCGGACGCGUCUAUACUCGACAAUCUCAAUUCCCAUCUAGCCUCCCGCACUACUCUGCUCGGCACUAAACCCUCCCAGGCCGACAUAGCCAUCUACCGGUCCCUCGCCCCCACGGUCAAGUCGUGGACCCCUGAGCAGCGUACAGGUCAGCAGGGCCACCCCCAUAUCCUACGACACCUCGACUUCGUCCAGAACUCCAGCCUCUUCGAUUUGAAGGUCGAAGAGGCGAAUAAGAUCAAGGUCGACCUCGACGAGGUCCUCUACGUGAAGCCGCCCACCGAUGCAAAGGCGGAGAAGGAACGCCUAAAGAAGGAGAAGGCUGCGGCCGCGGCCGUAUCCUCCUCGGCUGCUGAGGACGGAGCAGCCGCUACGCUCGUCGACCGGACAAAAACGGCGGUGGAGGCGGUUAAGGAUGUAGCAGCUGGGGCCAAAGAGAAGGCUGUAGUCGGAGUUCCUGAGAGCACUGAUAAGCCCAAGAAGGAAAAGAAAGAAAAGGCCCCCAAACCCCAGAAGGCACCUGCUACGGUUACGCCGCCGUCGCCCUCCCUGAUCGACCUGAGGGUUGGCCACAUUUUGAAGGCCAUUAAACACCCCGAGGCCGAUAGCCUUUAUGUUUCCACGAUUGCGAUGGGUGACAAGCCUGGGGCGGAAGAUACGACUGAGUACGAGGGCCAGGUCUGCCGAACCGUUUGUUCUGGAUUAAAUGGCCUGGUACCUCUCGAGGAGAUGCAAGACCGCAAGGUCAUCGUGGUGGCCAACCUCAAACCCGUGAAGAUGCGAGGAAUUAAAUCGUGCGCCAUGGUCCUAGCUGCGUCCCCGAGACUGAAGGAGGGCGAGACGGACGACCAUAAAGGCCCAGUCGAGCUUGUCAUUCCACCCGCCGACGCGAAAGUUGGCGAUCGCGUGUGCUUCGACGGCUGGGGAGGCGAACCCGAAGGCAUGCUCAACCCCAAGAAGAAGAUCUGGGAGACAUUCCAGCCUGGCUUCACAACUACAGAAAACUUGGAGGUCGUCUUCGACGGCAGCCUGGUUAAAGAGGCUGGGAAGGAGGAAGUUGGCAAGCUUACUACGGCCAGCGGAGGCAUUUGCACAGUCACAACUUUGAGAGGGGCAACAGUGCGAUGAUCACGGCAGAAAACAGAAACCUGCAGAAAUAUAGCAAUUUCAGACGAAAAGCUCGUGUUCGGCUUGGACACAUCCAAGCUACUUCCUCCCCUUUUAGCCGAGCGAGCUCAAAAAAGUAUCUCAUCCAUGCUAUGCUUACUCCUCGUCCGGAGUGUUCCACGGCGGCGUCUCGAUAGUUUCUGUCGAGAUGGUGGGCGUGCCAGGGCA